AUGAAGCGGCUGCUGCUGCAACACUCUGGUCGCAAGGCUACCGUCGAUCGCUACUCCACCAUCCGCAAUUUCUUCAGGCAACAACAUGUUUCGCCUCCAUUCACGGCGUCGCACCCCUUUGGCACCCACCUCUACCACGCGUACUCACUGAGGGCGCGCGUGGUCAUACGCCAGUUCUCUCAAAACACGCCGCUCCGCCAAGGCCGGUCAAGUAACGAAGGACAGGAUGGCGCGAAGGAGAAGGAGGGUCCUACACCGAAGGAUGCCGGUGAGAGCACCAAUCUCGAGAACUAUCCCCGCUUCUUCCGCCGGCUGGCACAAUCGAUACCCCAUCUACAACGACCUACCCGCGACGACUUCCUCAAGGCUGCAGACGGCUUCUGGCAACGACUUCGCGUCCGAGUUCGAUGGCUCACUAUACGCUCCUUCCGACGGUAUAACGCGGAUGAGCUCUCCGCCUUCUUCACUUGGUUCCUCAUGAGCCAGACGCUCUGGCUGUUUGUGGGAACUACUACGUUCUUCUCUGUGGUGUUCGCAACCGCCAACAGCCUACGGCUACAAGAAUACAUCGCACGAGCCCUGAGCGACUACCUGACUGCAGAGACCGGCAUCACUAUCAUCUUCGAGUCCGCCAUUGUCCCAAAAUGGGGAGACUCGCGCAUCUCCUUCAAGAAUGUCUUCAUCACGCGGCGCCCCGACAACUACAGGCGCAGGCUCGACAGCUCCGGGCAUUAUGUUGCAGCUGGCUACGAUGUCAGCAACCAUCCAUCCUACCACAGCACCAUCGAAGAGGAAGAUGAGGGUCAAGAUGACCACUCUGACGACGAUGUCAACUACUCCAUGUUCGACCUGAACGUGGAUUCGAUCGACGUGACGCUCUCAUUCGCUCGCUGGUUUGACGGCAAGGGUCUUGUCGAGGAUGCCGUUAUCAAGGGUGUCCGCGGCGUGCUUGACCGCCGCUCGGUAUGGUGGGACCCUGACCACCCUCUCGACCCCGCCGCCUUCCGACACAAGGGACACCCUGGCGACUUCGAGCUCGAAUCGCUACAGCUUGAGGACGUGUUAAUCACCGUUUACCAGCCAGGCAACUUCCGCCCUUACACCGCGUCGAUCUUCCGCGCGGACAUCCGCACGUUCCGGAAACAGUGGCUUUUCUACGACUUCCUGUGUGCGGAGAACGUUGUGGGCCAAUUCGAUAACUGCCUCUUCAGCCUUCACCGUCCACAGAGCAUCGGGCGUACGACCGACCAGGACCUCAAGGACGGGAAGUGGAGUCGUAUGUCCCGCUUCCGCAUGGACGGCUUGAACAUCGACCACCUGCAGAGCAUGACGACGCAGGACGGCCCCUUCUCCUGGAUCACCUCGGGCAAGGUCGACGCGGUGCUUGACAUCAAGUUCCCGCGCGACGCCCCCGACGAGCCCGGGUUCAAUGCGCUCCUCGGCGAGCUCGCGGACGCGCUACAGACCGCCGCGUCAUCGGUCACGGCGAACAUCGAGCGCAUCCCCGGACAGCCGCAGCUCGCGAAGCCGCCCCUCAGCGCGCCCUCCGACGUGAGCGAGGGCAAUGACGACGAUGUACCGAAGGUGGUGGUCGACAUCGACUUGCGCUUUAGGGACUUGAAGGCGGCGGUCCCGUUAUUCACCCCGGACUUGAGCUACGUGAAUAGCGCGCUGGUUAGGCCGAUCGUGGCCUUCAUGAAUGCCAACCGGACACUCGUUCCCAUCCAGUGUCGGGUAAUAAAGGACCUUGACAACUUCGAUGGCGCUUGGACGAUGUGGGAGACCGGGCUCAUCGACGCCAUCUCUGUUAAGGUAUACGAAGCGAUGGCGUACCACGUCACGCAGGCGAACUUCAACCGGCGCAUGCGCGCGGUCGGGACGUGGAGCCUGCAGAUGACCGCGAGCGCGCUCAUGUCGACGCUGCGCACCCUCAUGGACCCGAUGACCGUCCACGUCCGCGAAGUAUACGAGGGCCUGCCGGACUCGGAGACGCUGUUCCAGGUCCCGCAGCCGCUGUACCAGAACCCCCCUUAA